CUUCUCCCCAGUUUUAACACUUCUAACCAGCACAAAGAGACAGGAUUCUCUUAGGACACCUCGCAGUCAGCCAACAGUCUAUGGAGGAUGAGAAAUUCUAUUAAGCGAGUUCAUCUCAUUAGUGAUCGGACUUUUCACCCUCCCUGAUUUCGCGAUUUCUUCCGACAAGAUUUUAUAUAAAUUUCUGCCGUCCCAACCUGAGCUCCCGACAACUCUUGUUAGACUUUACCAUACGGCCCAGUAGAUUAGUAGACCACGCAAUAACAGGGAAAUAAGCCAUCAACAUGAGUACAGACCCUCGACUUGCUCGAACAACGACUCCAAUUCCACCUCCUCCCCCACCACCCCCUCCGCCACAGGAGCCUUCUGCCUCAACGCCUUCGACAGGACUGGACGGCACGGCCGAUGAAUCACCUACACCACCCCCACCUCACCCGUCAUCUACAUCCUAUAAACUUAAAUUCUGCACAGUAUGCGCGGCCAACCAAAAUCGGUCGAUGGAGGCACAUAACCGCCUAUCCGCACCCCCUUCCUCGUAUCCAGUAAUCUCAUUUGGCACGGGAUCUCUAGUCCGACUCCCAGGCCCAUCCAUCACGCAACCCAAUGUCUAUAACUUCAACACCGUAUCUUACGCUCAAAUAUACGACGAACUGAUGCAGAAAGACCCGAGGCUGUACCGCAACAAUGGCGUCCUACCCAUGCUCGAACGAAACAAAGGCGUGAAAUGGGGUCCGGAACGGUUCCAGGAAUGGAUACCUGGAAUGCCACGGCUGGAUCAUGUGUCGAGGGGGGAUAAGGGUGCGCUGGGCACGGAGGGCGGCUUGGUCGAUGCUAUCAUUACCUGCGAGGAGAGAUGUUGGGAUGCUGUUGUUGAUGAUUUGAUGAACCGCGGUGCUCCCUUGAAUCGCCCGGUGCACGUAUUCAAUGUCGAUAUUCGUGAUAAUCACGAGGAGGCGUUGGUUGGUUCCAAGGCGAUUCUUGACCUGGCUGAUAGGCUGAACAGUGCCGCCGAUGAGGAACGGAAGAUUAAUGGGACGAAUGGUUGGGAUCAGGGCACGGGUGAAGCUAGGAGAUCUUUCGAUGAUAAGGUUCCUGAGAUACUUGCCAAGUGGCAGGAGAAAUGGCCUAAUCUACCGGCCUUAUGGACACUUUCUUGGUUUUGACCCACUGGUCAGGGAACUUUCGUUACACAAAUUGCUUGUAUGAUUCAACGUACAACGGACGCCUUUGUGUUACUUUUUUAUUAUUACUAUUCAAUUUUCAAAGCGUGGAGCUGGGGCGUCUUUUGUUUACAUUGUCGCCCAUCUAAAUGGCAGCGAUUUACUUUUGCGCAGAGUUUCUUCCCUCCACACCUAAUGCCGUGCUAACUUUCGUAAAGCAAGAUGGCUAAGCAAUGUAAGCAUUAAUGAGGAAAAUUUGACCGCAUAGGCGGAAAUGUCUUGAAGCAGCGGCGGCUGUAAACUUCGUAGUAGCCGUCUUGAAACCUUCGGUGACACGCCGCGUAGGUACAGCUAGUCGGUACAGUGGCUUAGGUGUACCUAAGUUUCGAAACCGUAAGUCAUAAGUCAU